CCCGAGGACUGGUCUCACAUGAGCCCUGCAAUUACCUCUACGAAACAGACAAAACCAAAAAGCAAGAAAUCGCUCCACCUCUCUCUCUCUCUCUCUCUCUCUCUCUCUGGUAAAAGCUUUACCCACUCUGUUCACUCUGCCACCCCAAAGUUUCAGUACCUCUCCUGCAAACCCAUUAUAGCUAACCCCGUCGUAAACCCUCCUUUUCCCUCCUUACCUUUCACUGUUCCCAUUCCCUCUUUCUCUUCUAAAAAGCAAGUAGCUGAUUCUAUUUCCCCCACUUGUAUACUGGCUCUCCCUACCAUGGAAGCUUUCAGCCUGCUCAAGUACUGGAGAGGUAGCGGCGGUAUUAAUAGCGGAGGCGGUGGUGGAGGUGGCGGAGACUCCGCGAGAACUGCCGGUGCGACAACAAUCGUCGCCGCGGUGACUCAUAAUACGGCGGAGACUGACGAGGAGGACGACGACGACGAUGGGCCGUUCUUCGACUUGGAGUUCGCUGUUCCUGACGAAGAAGACGAUGCGGAAGGUGGAGACGAAACCCAGAACAGAGAACAGGAGGGAACCAACUGCGAGAACGAAAGCGAUGAAGAAGAGGAAGAAGAAGAAGAAGAGGAGAGAGAGUUCAACUUCACGCUUUCCUCUGGUUCCAGCAACGACCGAGCGGAUCCGAAUCUGUCUUUGUCUCCUUCCGAUGACCUGUUUUUCAAGGGAAGGCUCGUGCCGAUUGAGCCUUCCUCGCUUGUUUUCAACCCCUCCGAACCCAACUCCAAACAGCCGCAGUUAUUCCCUGUCUCGUUGUUGAAAUCCGCCACCAAGUUCCGCGUCUCCAUGCUGGGCCUCAAGAAAUCGAAAACAACUGCAAAUGCAGCCGGCCAGAAAACAGAGCCAACAAAUGGGUCCGUUGCCAGCACUGCUCCCAAACCGCAACAACAGAAACAGCAACAACAAGAAACGCAACAAAAGCAAGAACAGCCGCAGAGCAAGUCUUUCACUGUGAAGUUCAAGGUGGAGGAGGUUCCGAUCGUGUCCCUGUUCACCAGAGACAGCUCGAGAAGCGCUUCCGGGAACAACAAGGCGCAGAAUAAGCAGGCCAGCGUGGAAGAGUCGGCUUCUGACGAGAAGCGCUUCUCAAAGGACGUAAUGCACAAGUACUUGAAGAAGGUUAAGCCUCUCUACGUUCGGGUCUCCAGAAGGUACGGCGAGAAGCUGAGGUUUUCGGGGCAGCUAAACCUCGGCGCCGGAACCAAGGCUGCGCCGCCGGGUCCCACGCCGGCUCCUGUGAAGCCGGCGGCCGAGAAGGGCCAAGCUGAGCCGGAGGCUUCUUCUGAUCAGGGCUUGGCCAACAAUGUGAAGAUCAGUCAAAAGCUGAGAGUGGUGUGCAAGCACUUGGGGAAGAGCCGGUCCGCUUCGUCAGCGGCAGUGGCCGCAGCGCCGACGGGACCUAUUGCGUCGAAAAGGAGAGACGAUUCGCUGUUGCAGCAACAAGACGGGAUCCAGAGCGCCAUUCUGCAUUGCAAGCGGUCCUUCAAUGCCUCGAGAGAUUCGGAGUCUUCUCUACUGUCACGGUCUGUGAGCGAUCCCUCGCAUGAGAAAUAGUGGGGCAGAGGAAGGAAGCGGGUUGGUCUAAAGUGGUGAGUUGCUGUCACGAUCGGUUCGAUCUUUGAAGUCAAGAAAAUGAGAUAUUAUAUAUAUAUAUAUAUAUCUGCUUUGUUCUUUGUAAAUGCUUUUUAUAAAACUCCCCGAAAAAGAAGAAAAUUUGGUGGAGGAAAAGAGUUGUCUCAUGUCUAUUGAAAGACGACCGAGUGAGUGGUAGAGCAGAUGUGUAAAGCUCAUCUUUCCUUGAAAGUGAAAGCAGAAUCAAAUCUUUGUAUCUA